ACAUCACCUCAAAAAUCCAAUUCCACGAACAUGACUAGUCGCUGAUGAAUUAUGUGUCAUAAGUGAUCCUUAUGGACUGAAAAAGGCAACGGUAUGACAAUGAGACAUGACCUCCACCGCCGCCACGCUCGGACAGCGUCUGUUGGAUGAAGUCAAAGAAGAGAGUCUAGACGAGUUACUUCGCAAUUUACGAAAAGAGUUUUCAACAGAUGAUGCAUUCUUCGGAAUCAAAGAUUUCGAUGAGUUGUUGCAUGUCGCCUUGGGUGCUCAUCAACCCUUCGCAGGGACUCAAAACCAACAUGUUCACCAAUCAGCUGCUUUUGGGAGUAGCAGCAAGAGAAAGCUUCCUGUUAUAGAGAUAUCAAGCCCCAGUUCUGGAGGAGGCAAAUCUCAACUCCUCUACUAUUUCAUCGCUAUGAGCGUAUUACCUUCUACGUUCAAUGGGCACAAACUCGAUGGUCGGGGAGGUGUUGCUAUCCUCCUGGAUGCUGAUGGUCGUUUUGACGUGCGAAGAUUGCACGAUAUAAUCGCUGGCAUCGUUCGACAUGCCCUCAGCGACGCCGACGUGUCUUCAAAUACUGCCAUCGACAAGGCGAUCAAUGCACUAAUCCACACCACGCUCCAAUACGUCCACAUUUUUCGUCCUCAAACAUCCUCAUCACUACUCUCAACCCUAAAUGCACUCGACACCUACCUCCUUAACCACUCUCAAACUACGCGCUCUCGACCUUUACAAGGAAUAUUCCUCGAUAGUGCAAGCGCAUUCUACUGGACAGACCGACUCCGCGACGAAAUCAGUCGAACACAAGAAAUCGGUUUACCGGCUACAGAAAUUCAACGACGUCGCAAAGGACGCACUUCGUUUUAUAUGAGUGUUCUGUAUUCUAAUAUUGCAGGCGAGUUGAGACGCUUGCAGAGCCUGUUCGGCUGUGCGAUUGUUUAUACGACAUGGGGGAUAACGCCUCGCUCUUCAUCCUCCGUAGAGGGAUAUGGUCAUAUCUGGUCCGGUCCGCCAACAUUCAAACCCCAUCUCCCAUCGCCGUGGAAUUCGACAUUCCCAGACCUAAGACUCGUCGUUCAACGGGAUCAUGUGCGCGAGUACCCCGCUACGUCUACGUUCAGUGACUGGGAGCGUGAUGCGGCUAUUCGACAGGAUGUCGUGAAGAGAGGGAAGUUUUCGGCUUGGGUUGAUACGAGUAAUUUGGCUACAACAUGGGUCCGGGGUGGUGGUGAGGAUGUAUUGGGUGCGUUGAGGAAAUUGCCGGAUAAUGGGGGUUUUCCUUUUUGGGUCAGGGAAGAUGGGGUGUUUAUGGAUGAUUUGAUGGGAGAUAUUAGUUGA